AUGCGCUCGGCGCUGCGCGGCGCGCCCCGACGGCGCUGCCUCCUGCUGGUGCUGGUGCUGGUCACGGGGGCUGCUUCGAGAACUUCUGCAGCAGCACUGGAUAGGAGGGACAAGUUGGAUCCCUUGGACCCAAGCAGGGCAGGGGAAGAGUUUUACCAAGUCCAAGACAGCGAUCGCUAUUGCAAGAAGUGCCCCGCGGGCACGUACGUUGCAGAGCACUGUAAAGAGCAAAAUGGCUCCAGCAAGUGUUUGCCAUGUAAAGAAGAUGAAUACAUUGAAUACCCAAAUGACUUUCCCAAGUGCCUUGGCUGCCGGACGUGUAGGGAAGAUCAGGUGGAGCUGAGUCCCUGCCAAGCAGUCAGGGACACGCAGUGCGCCUGCAGGAACGGCACCUUCUGCUCCCCGGACCACCCCUGCGAGAUGUGCCAGAAGUGCCGGCCCCGGUGUCCCAAGGACGAAGUGGAGCAGGCUCCCUGCACGCCGCACAGCGACCGCCAGUGCGGUCCUCCCACCGGCACCUUCUCCGACUCCUCUAACCACUUGAUCGUGACCAUCACAGUGGCAGUAGUUGUGAUCCUGUUUGUGCUCUCCAUCGUCGUAUGGAAGUGCUGCUGCCGCCGUUCCCCAGGGGACGGGAGAGACCUGAGCGGGAAGUCCUGCAGCGUGAUGGGCUACCUGCUGCGGCAGCUGAUGUACCAGAGACGGGGCCUGGGAACGCAGGACAACAUCCGCAACGAGCGGUUCUCCCGGGAUCAGCUGCUCCCCAGGGCGUCGGGUUCGGUGACUCCCAGCGCCCCGGGACCGGAGGUGAUGUUGCCGAGGACCUCGUGUCCCAGUGUGAAACCCAGGAGGAAUCUGGUUCCAGUGGAAGGAACAGACCCUGUUAUCCUUCUGCGACGCUCUUUUGACAUCUUUGCCCGAGACGUGCCCUACAAGGACUGGAAGAGAUACGGCCGAGCCCUUGAUCUGCUGGAGAACGACAUUGCCCUCGCGGAGAUGAACGACAGGUAUUCGCUGGAGCCCUUCUUCCAGAUGCUCAACACGUGGCAGAACAGACAAGGGAUGAACGCCUCCGUGAACACGCUGCUGGAGACCCUGCACCAGAUCAAUCUUGGAGGGAUUGCAGAGGACAUCUCCUCCAAGCUGGUCCAGCAGGGAUCUUUCCAAUAUGAACCAUUGUACAGUUCAGCUGAGCCCAGAGGAGUUGAUCCUCUCAUGAAGUACAGACCUCGUGAUCCUCUCUGCUGAAGCUACAGGCUUGAUGUCGGUGCUUCCUUAUGAAAUCCAAGCUGGUGCCUUGAUUUCACUGGGUCAAUGCAAAGAGCCUGAAACUAUUGCAAGCUGCCUCUGGGACUGUUCCGCUUGAAAGCGCUGGUACUAUACGGACAUCUUCAGGAUCAGUGCAGGGAAGGCCUUUGCAGGUUGUAGGCAUCCCUGUGGUUUUUAACUGGAUCAUCCCUUUUUUGGGGGGGUUCCUGGCAUCACGCAAUGGCUUCUGCUUGUAGGACAUCUCUAAGAUUGCCAGCUAGCUUCAUACUGUAUGGUGGGUGGGCAAGCAUUAACUGGGUUCUUGGGUUACUUUCUCGAAGCUGUUGAUUGAAUAGCAUUUUAGCUGAUAGUGGUUCUGCUUGCUGUUAGGAAUCAGUUUGAAACUGGAUUUUGAGGGGAGGGUGGGAAUGAUUUACUUGCUCGCUGAUCACUCAGGCAGGGUUGCCUAAGAAAAGGGUCAGUGCAGGGAGCGAGUGAGCUCCUCCUCGGAGCAGGAUGGGGAACGUGGGCAGCAAACUAUCGCUGUGCCAGAAACCUUCUCCAUGACCUUGGUCAAGUCGGUUAGUUCCCGUUCCCUUGGCCGUGGGGUGGCUUUGCUGUCCCUGUCUGCCUCCAGCCAGCAUGGAAAGGUGAAUGCACUGAGGUCCGAGCAUGACUGUGGGUACCCGCCAUCCAUCCUCCAGCUGGAUGGGUUGCUCCUCAAACACUUUGCCCCUUGCUCUGGCUCUCACACAUAGCUCAGGGACAACUUGGCUGGAAAAACUACUGCAUUACUUGAGCUGGCUACAUGUGCUGCCAUCCCGGUACAGCCCAGCCCACCAGGAUCUACCGGACUAGAUGAUCUUUAAGGUCCAUUCCAACCGAAACCAUUCCAUGGUUCUAUGACCUUCCCUAGCACGGUGGGAGAGUGCGAGGGGCAUCGCCAGCCCCUCUCCACGGCCGGGGCUGCCCUGUGCCGCAAAGCGCCCGUCCCUCCCGCUGCCACCCUUUCUCCCCCCUCCUCACCAACACUUAAAAAAAUCCUGUCUGUAAAACACAAGCAGAAAGUUUGUAUUUAUGUAUUUAUUUAGUAAUUGUAAACGUGUACAUAUAUUAACUUAAAAGCUAAUAUAAAAAUAGGAUUGUUUUUUUUUACUAUGCAUGAUUGUGUGUUUUUAUACAGAGCUCUGGCCCAGCCAGUUUGCUAUUUCCAGUUUUUAUAUGUCUCUUAUGAAGGAAGAAUAAACUUUUAAAAAAUC